AAACCCACGAAGUAAUCUCCCAGAGUUCCUCUCCUCUCCGACGGUGGAUUCCCGCCCCUGAAUAAUCAGCAAGUAGCAACCUCCAAAACCUUGCCACACAGAGAGAGAUGAGCUCGGCGGACCUGCCAACGAAAGAGGUGAACGUAUUAAAAGGGCACGAAGGAGCAGUAUUAGCCGCAAGGUUCAACGCCGAUGGAAAUUACUGUCUGAGCUGCGGCAAGGACCGUACAAUUCGUCUUUGGAACCCUCACCGAGGAAUUCACAUCAAGACCUACAAAUCUCAUGGCCGUGAAGUUCGAGACGUUCAUGUCACACAGGACAACUCCAAGCUUUGUUCUUGCGGCGGCGAUCGACAAGUUUUCUAUUGGGAUGUAGCCACUGGCCGUGUCAUUCGAAAGUUCCGCGGCCACGAAGGCGAGGUAAAUGCAGUGAAGUUUAAUGAGUACUCGUCUGUGGUGGUUUCGGCGGGUUAUGAUCAAUCGUUGCGUGCUUGGGACUGUAGGUCUCAUAGUACUGAGCCAAUUCAAAUUAUUAAUUCAUUCUCAGAUAGUGUCAUGUCUGUUUGCUUAACUAAAACUGAAAUAAUUGGUGGGAGUGUUGACGGAACUGUUCGAACUUUUGAUAUUCGUAUCGGUAGAGAAAUUUCUGAUGAUUUAGGGCAGCCUGUCAACUGUAUAUCAAUGUCAAAUGAUGGUAACUGCUUAUUAGCAAGUUGCCUAGAUUCGAAAUUACGUCUUCUGGACAGGUCUAGUGGUGAAGUGCUACAAGAAUAUAAAGGUCAUACGUGUAAGUCGUACAAACUAGAUUGCUGCCUUACCAACACUGAUGCACAUGUAACCGGUGGAUCUGAGGACGGUUUCAUUUACUUCUGGGAUCUGGUAGACGCGUCUGUGGUAUCAAGCUUCCGGGCUCAUUCUUCAGUGGUAACAAGCGUGAGUUAUCACCCAAAGGACAGCUGCAUGAUAUCUGCCUCCGUUGAUGGCACCAUUCGGGUAUGGAAGACGUGAAAUUGUACGCUAGGAACAUUGCAGAUUUUUUAAAUUAAUUAUUUAUAUCAAAGAUCUUUCUUGUUCCUUCUCAAGACUCUUGACCAAUACCCAUUUGGAAUUUUAAUUGCAUCAUCAAUUGUUCUUUAAAAGCUUUCUAAUGAAGCGUUGAGUUCCCACUCAAAAGAAGAACUGCUUGGUAAUUGCCACACUUAAUGUCAACAAUUGGACCAUCUAAAUUAAGGUGCUCUUUCUUUGUUUGUUAA